AUGGCACCAGAAGCUAACCAGAAGAAUACCGGGUCUUCCUCCAUCGUCAUUGUUGGUCUCGGCAUGGUCGGACUUUCAUUUAUUGAAAAGAUCCUCGAAUACGACACUGCUAAAAAAUAUACAAUCACCGCAAUAUGCCAGGAGCCACUUGUCGCCUACAACCGAGUGGGUUUAACUCAGUAUUUCUCACACAGGAGUGUCGACCAGCAGCUCAUGAAGCCCAGGCAGUGGUACAAAGAGAACAACAUCUCCCUCUUGAUGCACCAAACAGCAACAAAAAUCAACCCUGACUUGAAAAUCAUCCAGUCAGUCUCGACCCAGGAUAUCAACACCCCCACCGCAGCUGUGACAACCACGCCAUACGACAUUUGCAUCAUUGCCACUGGAUCAACCGCCUUGCUUCCAUCGGUCGUCCCUGGAUUGGAUCUCCCUGGUGUCUACGUAUACCGCACCAUUGAUGACCUGGAUCUGAUCAUCGAACGAUCCAAGACCGCCAAGCAUGCUGCUGUGGUUGGAGGAGGCCUGCUGGGGUUGGAAGCUGCCAAGGCAACUUCGGAUCUCGGUCUCAAGACAACCAUCUAUGAGCGAAACAGUCAAGUCUUGUCGCGUCAGCUUGACGGUGAGGGUGCAGCCAUGGUUCUCCGCGAGAUUGAGAAACUUGGGAUCGAACACAGCUUGGGCAAUCCUCCUGUCGCAUUCAUGUCAGACUCGACGGAUGGAGGAGAAUCCUUACAUGUAUCAAAGGCCAAGCUGCAGGAUGGGUCGGUUGUCGAGCAUGAUAUGGUGGUCUUUGCAAUCGGAAUUCUUCCAGGAGACAAGAUCGCGCGCGAUUCUGGCAUCGAGUGCCAUUCCCGCGGAGGAGUGUUGGUCAACGAUUUCCUGGAGACCAAUAUGCAGGACGUUUAUGCCAUUGGAGAGGUUGCUUGCCAUCGGGAUCAGACCUACGGUCUUGUGGCACCAGGAUACGACAUGGCCGAAGUCGUUGCACGGAACCUGACUCGUGACAUCUAUUCCAAGGGCGUCGGAAAAGCUCACCAGCCUCGCGUGUUUACCUCAGCAGACAUGUCGACAAAGUUGAAAUUGUUGGGCGUCCACGUCGCGUCCUUUGGAGAUUAUUUCGCCAGUUCAAGGGAGACUCAAGAACUCCUUUACCGGGAUCCAUUCGGCGCUGUAUACAAGAAGUACGUCUUCACCAAGGACGGCAAGCAUCUUUUAGGAGGCAUGAUGGUCGGCGACACAUCCGAUUACGGCAAGCUGCUGGGCAUGUCCAAGUCGAAAAAGUCUCUCCAGAUCCCCCCAAGCGAACUCAUUUUGGGUCUCAAGCCUGGUCAAGGCCAAGGCGCCACGGAUCUGCCAGACGAUACGCAGAUCUGCUCAUGCAACAACGUCACCAAAGGCCAGAUCAAAACUGCGGUUCGCUCCAAGGGAUGCUCAUCGAUCGGGGAAGUCAAGACGUGCACCAAGGCCGGUCUAGGAUGCGGUGGAUGCGUUCCUCAAGUCGGAGAAAUCUUUGAGUCCGAACUCAAGGCGAUGGGCAAAGUGAUCAAGCAGAACCUGUGCUCGCAUUUUGAGUAUUCCCGGACGGAGCUGUACCAAGUUGUCAAGGUCAAGAAACUCAAGACUUUUGCCCAGGUGAUGGAACACGCAGGAAAAAGCAGCCGUGCUAUGGGAUGUGAAGUCUGCAAACCCGCUGUUGCAUCCAUUGUGGCAUCCUUGUUCAACGACCACGUGCUGGACCAUGCGCCUCUUCAAGACACAAACGAUCGCUUCCUGGCCAACAUCCAACGAGGAGGAACAUAUUCGGUAGUUCCCCGUGUCCCUGGUGGAGAGAUUACUCCAGACAAGCUCAUUGCCAUUGCCCUAGUUGCCAAGGAGUAUGGGCUUUACACCAAGAUUACGGGUGGACAGAGAAUCGAUCUCUUUGGAGCCAAGCGAGAGGAUCUGCCGUCGAUAUGGGAGCGGUUAAUCAAGGCAGGAAUGGAGUCUGGUCACGCCUACGGCAAGUCGCUCCGUACUGUCAAGAGUUGUGUCGGGUCGACCUGGUGCCGUUAUGGGCUUCAAGACUCUGUCGGGUUUGCCAUCGCUAUCGAGAACCGCUACAAGGGUCUUCGAUCACCCCAUAAACUCAAGGGAGGCGUCUCUGGAUGUGUCCGAGAAUGCGCCGAGGCUCGAGGAAAGGACUUUGGUAUUAUCGCUACUGAGAAGGGCUACAAUCUUUUUGUAUGUGGCAAUGGUGGAGCACAGCCUAAGCAUGCUGUGUUGCUGGUUACCGAUGUCUCGGAGGCCAACUGCAUCAAGUACCUGGACCGAUUCCUGAUGUUUUACAUUGCGACCGCCGACAAGUUGACACGGACCUCAAAGUGGCUGGAGAAGCUGGAGGGAGGAAUCGAAUUCUUGAAGAAGGUUGUUCUGGAGGACUACCUUGGGAUUUGCGACGAACUCGAGGAGCAGAUGGCGUAUCUGAUUGCGACCUAUCAGUGUGAAUGGAAGGUCGUUGUUGAUGAUCCAGAGCGCCGGCAGCAGUUCCGACAGUUUGUUAACACGGAUGACACUCAGGAUGGCAUCGAGUUCAUUUCUGAGCGUGGACAGCGCCGACCAGCGGACUGGCCCAAGGAAGGGGUGCAGCUGCCUCCAUCACCCGUCUCGCCCACUCUGGAUCCAUUCGAUGCUCAAGCCCUCAAGAAAUGGAUAUGCGUUGGCAAGACCGACGACUUUGCAGUGGAUGCUGGUCGUACUGUCAAGCAUGGCGAUGUUCAGAUUGCAGUAUUCCGUUUGCCGAACGGAUCGUGGUAUGCAACCCAAAACAUGUGUCCACACAAGCGCGCCUUGGUUCUUUCUCUGGGUCUGUUGGGCGACAGUGUUUCCGAGUCUGAGGUCAGCAAGUCACAGCCAUACGUGUCUUGUCCUAUGCAUAAGAAAAACUUUGGGCUUCAAGAUGGCAAGUGCCUUACACCCGGUGACGAGGACAAGUACCAGAUCCAGACAUUCGAGGUGAAGGUUGACGAAGAGGGUCAAGUAUUUUUGCUGCUUCCGCCUACAAGGGCCCUUGAUGAUAUCUUGGCAACGGACAAGGUUAUGAUCCAUGCGCAAGAGGCGUUUGACCAGUUUAGAUGGCAGACCAGCAGCAUUGAGCUCGUGCAGCCACCGUCAUCGUGCGCCACCGGGUCAUGUGGAGGAAAGGAGCUCGAAUGGUAG